UCCCCCCUCUCCCCUCUUUCUCUGCUCCUUUGCCACCAACUUCACUAGCGCCCCCCAUUCCCCACUUUCCGCCCAGAUGUCCUCCUGUUUGAGGAUCGCCUCUCCAGGGGCACAUCUCCACCUGACCCGACAACUCGCUUUCCGACACAGCAUCCGAAUCCAGCCCGCAUUCAUCCUUCGGCCCCAUGCCCUCGUCUCGCCCUCUAUCCCCACAAUCCGGACGACGGCCGCACCAGUGUUCUCACAGUUCUUCUCCACCUCUUCCUCAAACCCAUACGCGACCGAGACAUCAACAACCCCUGCAGAGGCAGUCCAGCCAUUGGAUUAUGCAGCCAUUGAAAAGAAGUGGUUGCAGCGGUGGAAGGAAACCCGGGCCGGCAAGGCAGUGUCGGACGGACGACGACCACUGCUGGAGCGGCUACGGCAUCAGCAAGGGCGAGCACUGCCGCUGCAGGGUUGACGGAUAAGGAGCGCGAGAAGUUUUAUAUCCUGUCGAUGUUCCCGUAUCCGUCGGGGUACCUGCAUAUGGGCCAUGUGCGCGUGUACGCGAUCAGUGAUGCCCUCGCGCGCGCGAGGCGUAUGAUGGGAUACGAUGUCGUAAGCCCAAUGGGCUGGGACGCGUUCGGACUGCCGGCAGAGAACGCGGCGAUCGAGCGGUCGAUUCAUCCGAACGAAUGGACAAUUCGGAAUAUCGAGAUCAUGAAAGGACAAAUGGAGAAGAUCCUCGCGGAUUUCGAUUGGGAGAGGGAACUGAGGACGUGUAGCCCGGAUUAUUACCGAUGGACCCAGUAUUUGUUCCUAAAGUUGCAUGAAGCUGGAUUGGCUUACCAGAAGGAAGCCGUCGUCAAUUGGGAUCCCAUUGACGAAACAGUUCUCGCUAACGAGCAAGUCGAUUCAGACGGCAAAUCGUGGAGAUCGGGCGCAGUCGUUGAGAAGCGCAAGCUUCGCCAGUGGUUCUUCAAGAUCACAGAGUACGCUGAAGAUCUCCUCCAGGACCUCGAUCGGCUCCACCACUGGCCCGAGCGCGUCAAGCAAAUGCAACGCAACUGGAUCGGCAAGUCCAAGGGCGCAGAAUUCGACUUUACAGUGCCUUUGCCACCCUCACAGGCCGCACAACAGGAAGCCAUCCAGGUGUUUACGUCCAGACCGGAUACCAUCUAUGGAGUCCAAUUCCUGGCGGUAUCGACAGAGCAUCCGAUUCUGGAGAACGUUCCGGUGACACAUCAAAGCCAAGUCGAGGAAUUCAAGGAGUCGUUGAAGAAGGUGGUCACGUCGAAUCAGGAACCGGGACCGGAAGGCGUGCCGACGGGAUUGUUUGCGAAGCAUCCGUUCUUGCCGGAGGAAAAGAUCCCGGUUUAUGUGGUCAAUUACGUGGUCUCGGACUAUGGAACGGGCGCAGUGAUGGGCGUUCCAGGACAUGAUGAGCGCGAUUAUGCGUUUGCGAUGACGCAGGGGAUGGAUAUCAAGUACGUCGUCGCUCCUUCUUUAGCUGACAGUGGCAUUGUAGAGGAGCAAGCGGCGAUACCAGAGGGCGCAUUGACGGCACGCGGGGUCUUGACGAGCAUAAAUGGCGAGUUUUCCAACAUGACGAGCGACGAGGCUGCGGAGGCGAUUGUGAAACGAGCAAGCGAGCACGGAUUCGGAAGGGAGAAGACGAGCUAUCGAAUUCGCGAUUGGCUGCUGUCGAGGCAGAGGUACUGGGGAGCACCGAUUCCUAUGAUCCACUGUGGAGGGUGUGGACCGGUACCUGUCCCGGCUGAGGAGCUUCCGGUGGUGUUGCCGAUGGAUGUGUCGUUCACAGGUCGUGGAGGAAGCCCACUCAAGCAGAUCGAGAGCUGGGUCAACUGCUCCUGUCCAAAAUGCGGAGGAGCUGCACAGAGGGAUACGGACACGAUGGAUACAUUCGUAGACUCUUCGUGGUACUUUUUCAGAUACUUAGACCCACAUAACAAAUCACUGCCAUUUUCACCAGCCAAGGCGACGGCUGGUAUGCCCGUGGAUGUGUACAUUGGAGGGGUCGAGCACGCGAUCCUGCACUUGCUCUACUCUCGAUUUCUGUCCAAGUUCGCAUGGAAGACAGGGCUCUAUGGUAAGGGACCUGAGAUCGAGGACCGGGAAGGUAAAGAACCCGGACGCGGUGAGCCAUUCAAGGUGUUGAUCACGCAAGGAAUGGUGCAGGGCCGGACAUUUAAGGAUCCGGUGACGGGUGCAUUCUUGAAACCUACGGAGGUGGACUUGACAGACCCAGCAAAACCGAUCCAGAUCUCGACGGGGCUGGCGCCGGCAGUGAGUUGGGAGAAGAUGAGCAAGAGCAAGUUCAACGGAGUGGAUCCGGAGGACAUGAUUCAGAGCCAUGGAGCGGAUGCGACGAGGUUGCAUGUGCUGUAUAAGGCUCCGCCGUCAGAGGAGCUGGAGUGGGAUGAACAGAGUAUUGUCGGGAUGCAGAGGUUCUUAGCAAAGGUGUGGAAGAUCGUCGGACAGAGCAAGGGCUUGACGACGAUGACGAGUGGGGCGGGACUAGAGGAGUUUAAGCCAGAGAUCGAGGGUAUGAAUAAGGACGAGCGGGAACUUUGGCGCCAGGUCAACCUCACGGCGAAAGAGCUCACGACGUCGUUCCAGAGCACGUAUGCGUUCAACACGUCGAUCGCGUUCUUGAUCAAGCUUACAAACCACAUCUCCAGCGUAAUGCCCUCAUCCUCAAGUCCAGCGCAGGAACAACAACAACAGCAGCAGCAGCAGGUCUCCAAGAAGAACAAGAGCGCCAAGAUCCAGGCUGAAGUAUCCCCGGAUCUGUACCAAUACUCUGUGCAGUCACUCGUCAAGAUGCUCGCACCCCUCGCCCCGGCCUUUGGUGAAGAGUGCUGGGAAACACUGAGGACUCCUCUGACUUCUUCUGCAGAGACAGCGUCGUCGAUAUCGAGCAAGGACAGUGUAUUCGCACAUAAAUGGCCGUCGUUUGACGAGACCGCGUUGAAGGAGGACAAGGUCGUGUGUGGGAUCCAGAUUAACGGCAAGAGUCGGUUCAAUGUCGAAUUCGAGAUGUCGGACCUUCCUCCGGAGAGCGAUAAGAAGGCACAGGAGGAGUUUUUGAGGAGAUUGGUCUAUGGACAUGAACGUGCCAGUAAAUGGCUGAAGGACGAGAACGGACAGGCCAAGCCGGUCAAGAAGAUGAUUGUUGUCAAGGGUGGCAAACUUGUCAGUUUUGUGUUGUAA